AUGGCCUGCGAAUUAAAUGAAAUCCUUCCCCGGGAUUUAGAACCUACUCAUUACAGAAUAAAAAUAAUUCCGAAUUUAAAAACUUUGGAUAUUAGUGGGGUAGUAAGAAUAACAUUCAUAGUUAAAAAUGAAACUAAUAAAAUUAUUUUUAACUUAUCUAACAUAAUAAUAGUUGAAGAAUCUGUAAAAAUUACACAGAAAGAAAACUCAAAGUCAAUUGAAAUAAAAUCACAAAACUAUAUGGAAUGUUGUUUGUACGAAAUUGCAUUAAAUAACCCCCUAAAAGUCGAGGAAGAAUAUUUUUUGGAUUUGGCUUACAGUGGGGAGUUGAAUAAAUCUUUGCAAGGUUUUUAUAAAAUGACUUACUUGGAUAAUUUUGAUGAUGUAAGAACUGGAGCAAGUACACAAUUUUCUCCUACUGAUGCUAGAAAAGCUUUUCCGUGUUUUGAUGAGCCCCACUUUAAGGCUACAUUCAGAAUAAGUAUAGCAAGACCCAGUGAUAUGAAGACUUUAUCAAACAUGAUUUUGGAGAAAUCUGAGCCAAUUAUUGGUAGUGAUAACUAUGUUUGGGAUCACUACCCAGAGACCCCAAAAAUGCCCACAUACAUUGUGGGCUUCAUGAUAACGACGCUAAAAACCACCAGUAACCUGGAUAACUUGAUAAGGGUGUGGUGUAGGGGUAUUCUUUUGGGCCUAACUGACUUUGCCACUGAUUUAGCUCCAAAAAUACUAAAUUAUCUCGAAGAUUAUUUUGAUAUUAAAUUUCCUUUGCCAAAAAUGGACUUGGUGGCUGUACCAGAGUUUGGGUUUAGUGCUAUGGAGAACUAUGGGAUGAUCACAUUCAGAGAAAAUGUUCUUCUAUGCAACAAAAAUGCCUCUAUAGACGAAAAAAAGAAAUCUGCCUUGGUUAUGGGUCAUGAAAUAGCGCACCAGUGGUUUGGUAAUUUAGUAACACCCAGUACAUGGAACGAUUUGUGGCUUAAAGAAGGUUUUGCGACAUACUUCGAGUACCUCUCGGUCGAUAAAGCGGAACCAUCGUGGGAGGUGAUGAACGAUUUUAUCCAAUCGGAAACGUCGAGAGCGUUCCAAGUGGACGCGUUACACUCCGCGCGACCGAUCUCGGCCCACUUGAUAAACUGCCGGCAGAUCAGGCAGACUUUCGAUGCCAUUUCGUACGCGAAAGGCGCUUGCUUGGUUAGGAUGAUGCACGACUUUUUGGGAGACGGGGUUUUUCAGGACGGCAUACGCACACUUUUGAGGAAAUACGAGCACGGAAGCAUCGAUUGCGAUCGUUUGUUUGGUAUUUUCGAGCCAAAGGAGCUAAGUAAGGAGUUUGUCAAGGUGGCUAUGGAGAGUUGGACUAAGCAGGCUGGGUUUCCUGUUGUGAAUGCCAGUUUCGAUGCGGGAUCUAGUAGCCUUACAUUAACUCAGGAAAGAUUUUACUACAGCAAUGAAGAAGACAAUGAGCAACUUUGGUACAUCCCAGUGCAACUAAUUUUUGAUGACUUAGACAUAGACGAGUUUUUCUGGCUUAAAGAAAGAACCAAAACCUUUGAAAUUUCCAUUGAAGAUUGGUACCUUCUCAAUCUAAAUCAAACUGGGUAUUACAUUGUCAAUUAUGACCUUGAAAAUUGGCAAAAACUCAUAAAAAAUAUCGAAAUAUUUCCCACCUUAACCCAACUUCAACUUAUAGGUGACUCCAUGGACCUAGCCAGAGCCAAUCAACUAAAUUAUUCAGUGCCCUUAAGUUUGAUUAAAAAAAUCUCUGAAAGUCAGGACUUUAAAGAGUGCUUUGAGAAUUUGAUAAACGAAAAAUUGAGUUACCUUAGGAAUUUUUUGAGCAGCACCCCAUUGCACUCAGUAUUAAAGGAUUUUCCAGUCAUAAAAAAUCACAGACCCGCUUUAGCAGUGUGCGGUAAAAUUUGCACGUGCGAAGAAUGCAACUUUUUACGAACAAACUUAAGUUCCCUAAUUCAAGAAAACUCGACUGUCAGGGUACAAGACGCUGGUUCCUUAUUCGCGGCCAUAGCUAAGCAAAAUUGCCGCUUGGCUUUUAAUUUUCUUCGUAAAAAUUGGCAUAAAAUGCUGAACAGAUAUGGCGAUGGUUUUAGUAUUAUGGCACGAAUGAUAACGUGUUUGGCUGCCCAUAUGAACGAAGAAAAUGAUAUACAAGAGUUUAUAGAAUUUAAAAACUCUGUCGAAAAUAAUAUUGGUUCUACUUCUGAAGCAUUUGAAAUAGCAAUUAAUACAAUUCAAUCCAACCUAGAAUGGAUUGAAAAUAACUAUAAAUCUGUCGAAAACUGGUUUAGGGAAAAUGCAUUUUUAUAAAAAAACACUAUAUUUUUUUUCAAUAAAUGUCUAUUUUUCUACAUAGUGUGCUGUGGAGAAUACCGUGUUCUGAUUGGUUGAAUGCUUUCUAUAAUACG